AUGCAGGUGGCUCUCAAGGAGGAUCUGGAUGCAAUAAAGGACAAGUUUCGAACUAUGGAAUCUAACCAAAAGACAUCAUUCCAAGAAAUUCCUAAACUGAAUGAAGAUUUGGUGCAGAAGCAAAAGCAACUAGAACAAAUCGAGACUGGAGAACUGGGGCUGAAUAAAAUUUGGAUAAAUAUCACAGAGAUCAAUAAACAGAUAUCACUAUUGACCUCAACAGUGAAUCAUCUCAAAAACAAUAUAAAGUCUGCUUCUGAUCUGAUUUCUCUUCCUCUCACAGUAGAGAAACUAGAGAAGACUGUAGCGAACAUAGGUAGCACGCUUACCAGUGUUUCUCAUGAUGUUGAAAAUAUACAGACAGCUAUUGAAGAAUACAAGAAAUCCACAGAAAUACUCCAGAAUGAUAAAGAAUUAAAACAGAUACCUUCACUUCCUUCCACUGUUGUGCCAAGGACUGAGAGAAAUCAGACAGAAAACUGCAAAAAGGAAAGCCAGUCACUGCAUGCAGCUUUGGAAGAGCUAAAUAAUACUGUAGCGGCGUACCAAAAGUUGAAUGACCUCAAGCUUCUGAAUGUGGAUUCAGCCAUUGGUAACCUUAGCCGGGAGGUUAUGCUGUUAGAAAACUCUCCCCUUGCUGUGAAUAAUCUGGACAAAAGAGAGAACUUGUCCACCAGCGUGGGGAAUGAUGCAACUACCUCUCGAAAAAUGGAAAAUGAAGAUAAACUAGAUAAUGAAACUCAUUCAAAUAAAGAACUGAAGGAAACAGGAACUAGAGAUUCUCAGGUAUCAAAACUAAGAGAGAAGCUUCAGCUGAUCAGUGCUCUUGCAGGCAAGCCAGAAAAUGACAGACCCAUUGAGACAUCGAAGAAUGUUGAAAGUAGUCUGAGUACUACGGCAAAGCCCACAGACCUUUCAAGGCUGGCUUCAAGGUCAGCUGAUGACAACACAGAGAGUAACGGGCAGCUGAGACAUCUGUCCUUACCAGGAAUUUCCAGCAUCAAAGAUCUUCAGAAUUUGUUUGAAAAAGCAACUGAAGAUGCUGAUGGAAAACUGUCCUAUGAGGAUCUUCAAAAGCUGCUUGGCUCUACAGCCCAAGAGUCACAGAGCUUUAAGAAAUUUGACACGGACGGAGAUGAGAAAUACUCAUUACAAGAACUGAGAUUAGCUUUAGGUGUAUAGGAGAUAUAUUUAGAAAUGUGAUACUGGUGGAUGCUACUGUAGCUAAAGGAAACUACGGGACAUGAGAAACUACGUCUGCACUUUCCCAGUGUUUUACUGAUCUUUGGAGCUAAAUUACUGUACACAUUGCCACCUCUUUUUUUCGGUUGCAUUUAUUGAAAAAAAAAAAAAAUUCACAAAUUUAUAUGUUGAUAAGACAUAAUAUUGGGACUGUGUUAAAAUCCAGAAAAUUCCCAAACUUUGAAACGUUUUCCUCUCAUUCUUUCCUUUUCAAGGAAGUUCUUCUUUUUAAUUUUAAAAGUGUACAUACUAAAAUAAAACUAUGGUUUUAUAUUUCACUGAAAUUUGCCUUAAAUUAGAGAGCUGCACUUUAUGUAGAGCAGAAUGAAAUCUGUCUUAUAAAGAUGGGCUUCUUCUGCUUGUAAAUAUUUGAGAUAGA